AGCGAUGUUCCAAAGGCAUAUUCUCGAGCUGACAGUAGCAGUUCUUCCUCUUCAAGUUCAUCACAAGAAAAAGUUCGCCAUGUUUCGCGGAGGCGUCGGAGACGACGUCAUCGAACUCCCACAUCGUCAUCAUCGUCAUCAUCAUCUACUUCAGACAGCAUAAAACAGAGGCGUUUUCGCAAACGUCGACGACGGUCAUCUACCUCAUCAAGUGGGAGCAGCUCGUCUUCCCGGCCAAUGUGGCCAAAAAAGAAAAAUAACAGUACACCUUCUCCAUUAUCAUCAUCAACGUCAUCAUCAUCUGAUGAGUCAAGCCACCGCAAUCGUAGUUGGCGUAAAUGUGCAACAAAACGGAAUAACAUAUGGGUGCGUAAACGACAAAUAAAGGUUAGACAUGGACAAGCUGACAGAAGUGAACAAUUUUAUGAACCAAGGCCUGUGUCUAGUGGAUGGACUCGGCAAACUUUCGUUUGCGAAUGCGGCGAAAAGUAUGGAUCGCAAAAGGCGCUAGCCCAUCAUAUCUUACAAAAUCACGAUGCAGAGAUACCAUGCUUCGGCUGCAAUGAGACAUUAUCUUCAUUGACCAAAAUGCUGGAACAUUUUCGGACAAAGCAUACAAAGAGUCUCAUCGCUUGCGUUUACUGCAAGUCUGUAUUUGGCAAACCAAACGAUAUGACGGAAAAUCAGUGGAAACGGUUGAAAACGCAUAUGUAUGGGGAGCUUGUCUAUGCAAAACUGGCCGAAUUGCAAGGGUGACUGCAUAUAAUAGAUCUUUCGUCUAGAGCUCAUAACUUGGAUUUUUAUCCUUUUCACCAAAUUGAUUUUGUUUCGCACAAUUAUCUCGUUUUUUUUC